CAUCAUCACCGUUCUGCGCCUCCGCCGGGCCGGAGCCCGACCCGGCCCGGCCCACACCCUCCCCCGCGGCUCUCUCGGCUGGCCCGUCCUCGGCGAAACACUCGAGUUCGUUUCGGCUGCGUACUCCCCCCGGCCCGAGUCCUUCAUGAACCGCCGCCGUCUCCUCUACGGAAAGGUUUUCAAAUCGCACUUAUUCGGGAGUCCGACUAUCGUGUCUACGGACGCAGAAGUCAGCCGCUUCGUCCUACAAAGCGACGCGCGGGCUUUCGUUCCGUCUUACCCCAAAUCUCUCUCCGAGCUUAUGGGGAAGUCGUCGAUUCUGCUCAUCAACGGCGCGCUUCAGCGCCGCGUUCACGGCCUCAUCGGCGGCUUCUUCAAAUCCCCACACCUCAAGUCGCAGAUCACCGCCGACAUGCAGUCUUACGUGCGCCGGGCCAUGGACUCCUGGCCCGAAACCAGUCCCAUCCUCAUCCAGGACGAGACCAAGCAUAUACUGGUGAAGGGGCUUAUUGGGCUCGAGCCCGGCGAUGAGAUGCGCUUCCUCAAGCGAGAAUUUCACGAAUUUAUUGCUGGAUUGAUAUCUCUCCCUGUCAACCUUCCGGGGACCAGGCUUUACAGAUCCCUUAAGGCGAAGAAAAGGAUGGUGAUGCUGCUGAAGAAGGUCAUAGAAGAGAAGAGGAGGAAGAGGAGCUCCGGUCUGGUGGGGGAGACGCCUAAGGACGUUAUUGACGUUCUCAUCAGCGACACGUCGGAGGAACUAACCGACGAGCUGAUUUCCGACAACAUGAUCGACCUCAUGAUCCCGGCGGAGGACUCCGUGCCGGUGCUCAUCACCCUCGCCGUCAAGUAUCUUAGCAGCUGCCCUCUCGCUCUCCGGCAGCUGGAGGAGGAGAAUAUGGAACUUAAGGAGAGGAGAUGUCGUCAGGGGCAGGAUUCUUUACAGUGGAACGACUACAUGUCUUUGUCAUUCACACAAGAUGUGAUAACGGAGACUCUGAGGCUGGGGAAUAUUAUAGGAGGGAUCAUGCGCAAGGCGGUGAGAGACGUGGAGGUGAAGGGACACCUGAUACCCAAUGGCUGGUGCGUCUUCACCUACUUCAGAUCGGUUCACCUCGACGAAGCCAUAUAUGACGAGCCCCACAGAUUCAAUCCAUGGCGAUGGAAGGAAAAGGACAUGAGUAGUUGCAGUUUUACUCCUUUUGGAGGCGGGCAGCGGCUCUGCCCCGGGCUUGAUCUCGCCAGGCUGGAAGCCUCCAUCUUUCUUCACCACUUGGUCACCAGCUUCACGUGGGUGGCCGACGACGACCAGGUGGUCAACUUCCCGACGGUACGGAUGAAGUCUGGGAUGCCUGUGCGUGUCACGAGGAAGAAAAGAAGGUAGCAUUUGACCGGCUCUCCUCCGCACGUGUGGUGUCGUAGCCUCCUAGCUCAAAUAUAUUAAGUAAUAUUUUAUUCGCUGGAAAAUAUCAUAUUAAAUUAAAAAUAAGGCACAAUAUUAUAUAUUUCUCCUUUUUAUUGUGUCUUAUUUAUUAAUUAAUAUUAUAUUUUCGUUUACUUAAAUAAUAUUUAUGUGUCUCACGAAGAGGAGAGACUACCGUUUGGUCCAGUGAGGUGGUCGGCUUUUGUAGUCUGCUUUGUGCUUUACACGGAUUCUGACACACCCACGUGUGUGCAACUUUGACUCCCACGUGCGUUGAAGCGUCUGACAGAGCAGCGAAGGGAAAGGUCCACCGGCAAGUUACGCCUAGAUGGUAAGUGGAGGAAGUGACUUCCUGGGAAGUGGAGCACUUCAGAAGUGGGUGGUCAAGAGAGGCGGGCCCCCUUAGCGGCCCAAAGCUUAGAAUGGGCCGAGCUCACUUUAUUAUGUUUUGUGAUCGAUCUGUCGUGAAAUGGACGUUUAGGAUUGAAUCGAGGUAUGACGUGUUGGAUGCUGGACCGGUUGAUUGAUAUUGGGUCUAUGGUGGAGAAUUUCAAAUUUUUUCUACAAUAUAAGAAUUGUGUGAUUAUAUUUAUAUACUUGUAAAGUGGUGUAAAUUUAUACAAUUUUAUGAAGUUGAUCAAAUCUUUCUCAGA